UUUAGAUCAUAGAUUAGAAUACCACAACCAAGUUUGAGUUGUGAAUAUCCUUGAGAGAUAUGUGAGUUGUUUUUGAGAGUUUUUAGUUAGAGCUUGUAUGUCUCUUCUUUCUAUUCUUGAAAGUAAUAGAAGUGUUUUUCUCUCAAAUUAGCACGAUCCUGUUAUUCCCAACAAGUGGUAUCAGAGCCUGGUUGAGCUUUUGAUAUUUUUCCCAGAUUUUUUUCAGAUAAAAUUCUACUGUCUGAAAAAUUGAGUUUUUCAGUAUUGUUCGGAAUUGCAAUCUGAAUAUACCGUUGGAUUCGUCUCGUCGAGACGAGAAAACUGGUAUUUUUGGGGAUUUUUUUGGCCACCAGAAGCUGCCGUACGCGCCGCCAAACGCCGGCCAAAAACUGCCUGCGUCAUGCUGACGUCAUCACGCGCAGACAGAGGUUGAAGACAGCUGGCGUCAUCGCUGACGUCAUCAGCCAGCCAGAGCUGCGUCAGCGCCACAUGUGCAGUCCCAGCACAGUCAGCCGCCACGUCACCAGUCAACUGCCAACUUUCACCAGCGCCCCGUCAGCUGCCACGUCAUCGCCCAGUCACCGCCACGUCACCGCCACGUCACCGGUCAGUUUGUAAUUUUGAAAAUUUGCAGUUUGGUCCCUCAAUUUUUGGAAAAUUAUAAUUUCCACCUAUAAUUUUUCGAAAAUUGUAUUUUGACCCCGAAAGUGCCUACCCACCACUUUCGGCCGUUCCGGACGCAACGGUGCUGCCCGUUUUUCGAAAUUCGGCUCCGAUUUUUCUGAAAUAGAAAAUCAAAAUUAUUUAGAAGGUGAAAAUGACCUUUGACGAGUCAACUUCAUCUUCUGGAGCUAUGAUUAUGCUCACGGCUACCAACUACACGCUAUGGAAACCUCGGAUGGAAGAUUUCCUUAGUUGUAAAGACCUUUUUGAUCCAAUAGAGAUGAAAGGUAUUAAUUCUGAUCCGGCCAAGUCAACGGAAUGGAAGAAAAUUAAUAGAAAAACUAUUGGUCAAAUCCGACAAUGGAUUGACCAUAGUGUCUUCCACCAUGUUGCACAAGAAACCGAUGCUUAUGCCCUUUGGAAAAAGUUAGAAGAUAUGUACCAGGCCAAGACCGCUAGGAACAAGGCCCUACUGAUGAGGCGUCUUGUCAAUAUGAAGCUCAAAAGUGGAACUUCUGUUGCCGAACAUACUAGUCAAUUUCAGAGUCUGGUAAAUCAACUAUCUUGUGUAGAAAUGCCACUUGGAGAUGAAAUGCAAUCUCUACUCACUACAACAAAAACCAGCUAUAGAGGCAACUCUUUGAGGCAAAUUGUCUCUAAAAGAUCCUUUUAGCAUCAUAUAAAUUGGGGUUGCCUCUAAAUUUAUAAGCUCUAAAUACAUUUGAGGCAACCGUAGAUUAAUUGUCUCAAAAAGGUACUAUUUGAAUCAAUCUUUUUAGGGUUGCCUCUAAAAGCCCGUUACAAAAGUAUGGCCGCCUCUAAAACAUUUGAUUCUAAAAGUGUGUCAUUCAUAGAGGCCACAUUUUGGGGCAUGUACUUUUUUUCCCUUUGCAAGAUGCGAUUAGUGACAAUUAAUUAAAUCAUUAUUGCCUAUCAAGUAUUCGGAUUUCAAAAUUUGAGUGUCUUUAAUCCACUUAGAGCCUGUUUGGUGACAUCUGUUUUCAGUUUAUCAAACGUAUCAGCCAACUUUUUUACCAAACACGUAACUUUUGAUUUCGC